AUGCGAUUGCGAUGUGAGCAGGAGGACCUGAUGAAUGAACUUCAUUGCGAACGACAGGCAGCGGAAGAACUGCAGACGGAGCUUUCGAGCGAAAUGCGGGAGCUGCGAGACCGCUGCCAGGAGCAGGGCCAAACUGUGGGGCUGCUGACGCAGCGCCUGGCAGAUGCUCGCAGCGCAAUCGCAGCAGAGCUGCAGGAUGCCGCAGCCGAGCGUGCUGCCCUGGGAGCUGAGCUUUCCGAGGAGUCUCAGCGCAACCGGCUGCAGGCUGCCAUGCUGCACGAAGAAGCAGAAGCCACAUCCAGAGUGGAGGCGUAUGAGCAGCAGCUGGCAUCGAUGGUCACAGUCCGUGACUCUCUGCAGGCCCAGCUGGAGGCUGCGCUGAGGGUGCAGACCGAGCUGCGCGAGCACUUGGCUGCCGAAAGAGACGGCCGCGCCGAGCUCGAGGUGGCUGGCGAGCGAGAGAUGCUUGCCUGGGAGAAGAACAAGGAGAUGACACACUCACCAGGCAAAGAGUUGCAGAGUGUCCGGGAUGCCCAGACCAAGCUGCAGCAACAUCUAAACGCCGAGGCCGUGCUCUGUGAGCGCGAGGCUGCAGCUUUGCGAGACCGGAUGGAGGAGCUAGAGGAGGAGAUGCAGGCGGCCGAGGAGAGCAAACAGCGAUGCGUCGUGGCGAUGGGUGCUGCAGGGUGUGAAUGGACACUUUUGCAUGAGGAAGCGGCAGAGGCUGAGCAGUCCGCAAGUGUCAGGACUGCUGAGCUUGAGAGGAUCACGAGGCAAGCCAGAGAGAUCCAAGCCCAAGUUCAUGGCGUCAAGGAGGAUAUUCUGCAGUGCCGGCAGGAUCACACCGCCCUUGAGCUGAAGCAGGAAAGAGAUUUUCUGCAUGAGGAGGUGCAACAGGAAGCUCUGCGCCAAGAGGAUCUAUAUCUGGAGCUUGACGAAGCUAGGUGGACGUGCCCGACAUUGGGAUGUUAG